AUGGCGCAGCAGUCCUCGACAACGGCCACAAUGGCCACAACGACGUCGACGGCGCGGACGGGGUCUCUGAUACCAGCGGCCAACGAGUCCCUUGCAAAGCCUGGCCAGCAGCCCAGUUACAUGUCGCGCCGCGGACCACACAUCUCGGAUCAGCCAUGGACACUCUCCAACUGGUACCUCCAUAUUGACUGGUUCAAGACGAGCUUGCUUGUCUUCAUCCCUAUCGUCGCCGCUUAUUACGCAUGCUACACCCCAUUGACACGCCCAACUCUGGUCCUGUCUGUCCUGCUGCAUCUCUGGGCCGGCAUAGGUAUCACCGCAGGGUACCACCGCCUCUGGUCUCACUGUUCCUACACGGCGACUCUGCCCCUCCAGGUCUUUCUUGGCUUUGGGGGCGCCAGCGCCCUCGAGGGUUCGAUUCGCUUCUGGAGUUGGGGUCACCGCGCCCACCAUAGGUUCACCGACACCGACGCGGACCCGUACACGGUUCACAAGGGUCUGUGGCACGCACACAUGGGCUGGCUCCUCCUCAACCAAGACUACAAGAAACACGGCCGCACCGACAUCUCCGACCUAGCUAACGACCCCUUCGUCGUCUGGCAACACAAGUACUAUGCCCCGAUAUCUAUAUUCUUCGCCUGGGUCAUGCCGACCUUGGUCGCGGGGCUCGGCUGGGGAGAUUGGAAAGGCGGACUUGUCUACGCUGGUGUUCUCCGUGUCGUGACGGUUCAACAGAGCUCUUUCACCAUCAACAGCCUCGGGCACUACCUUGGCGAUCAGCCCUUCGACGACAGGCGCUCUCCCCGCGAUCAUUGGAUCUCCUCCCUGUUCAGUCUCGGCGAGGGAUACCACAACUUUCACCAUGAGUUUCCUACCGACUACCGUAACACAACGAGAUGGUUGACAUACGACCCGAACAAGUGGUGCAUCGCCACCUGGAAAUGGCUAGGCCUGGCAAGUGACCUGCGCACCUUCUCCCAAAACGAGAUCGACAAGGGCAAGCUCCAGCAAGAGCAAAAGAAGCUGGACCGGAAGCUUGGCGUCCUCGACUGGGGCAAGCCGCUCACCAUGCUGCCCCUGAUGGAGUGGGAGGAUUUUGUCGACCAAUCGAGCACCCGCGCCCUGAUAGCCGUCGCCGGCCUCGUGCACGACGUGACCGACUUUGCCCACGAGCACCCGGGCGGUAAAGCACUCAUCUUGACCGCCGUCGGCAAGGACGCUACCUCCAUGUUCAACGGAGGCGUUUACAACCACUCGAACGCGGCGCGCAACCUGUUGGCCAAGUACCGGGUUGGCAUCAUCCGCGGAGGCGGCGAGGUUGAGAUCUGGAAGAUACGCGCGCAGAAACGCGCCGAAAUGAUACGGGAUUACGAUUAUUCCAUCGUUGGUUCCAAGGAGCAUAUCCAGCGACUCUGUUACUACGUCUCAUAUAGCAUUGAGGUCUCUAUCAGCGGCUUCAAAGGUGGGCCCGAAGAGUGCCGAUGGAGGGGACUCGGAGGGCCGAUGAUAUACUCGGCACCCGAGGGUUGCGAGGUAAGCAACUCACCGCAGCCUCGAUACGUGUCCCGGAUGCCUUCCACCUUCGCGGGAGCGGAAUUGGGAAACGAGGAAGCGCUAAUCGCAUGUGUAGGUGUGAUUGGCAGGAGGCGCGCGCUGGCGCAGGUAUCCAGAACGUUCAACAGCCCCAUCGACCGGACCUGGGCUAUCUGGUCGUCCUUCGGCGCGGCGCACCUCUAUAUCGACGGCUGCUCGUCGGCCCGGCUUGAGGGGUAUGGGGUCGGCGCGACCCGAGCACUGGCCUUUGGUGGCGGCGGCGCCGAGGUGCGUGAGACACUCCUUUACAUGGAUCCGAGCUCGCACACGUUCGCGUACACCAUCGAGGACACGCCCGGUCUCCCCGCGCGCGGCUGCCUGGGUCUGGUCAGCCUGCAGCGGCGGGGCGACUCGCAGACCGAGAUCACCUGGAAGGGCUUUGCUGAGGAGGUGACGCCGGAGGCCGAGGCCGGGCUGAGUGAGCAGCUCGUCAGGCUCUACAACAGCUCUGUUGAGAAGGCUCGGCAGACCCUGGAGAAGUGA